AUGGCAACGCUCGCUGCCAUCAGCACACCAGCUCGUCAACCCUUCGGUGUCUUGAGCGACUCCAAGGUCCGAAGCCUGCAGAGCCUCAAGAAUAGACAGAAUGCCAUCACACCCAGUUCGGCGCCCUCGCUCAAACGUCGCGCUGCAUCUCCCGAGAUGGGCUCAGACAGCGAAAAUAUCGACCCCAACAUCCUCGACUCCUUGAACAAACGCAAACGCUCCAUGUUCGACGACGACGUGUCCGCGUCCAAAGCCAACCGAUACUCGUUGACGGUCACCUCGACCACACCCAGCACAUCCACAUCCACGUCCACAAAACGACGCCUCGAGACCCCCAAUCCACGACUCGACACAUAUGUCAGCAAACCCUCGAGCACCGCUCCUUCAUCUGCCCCUGCCAAGGCAGCAGCAGGGCGGUCUCCCACACGCCACCGCUCGAGCUUCUUGAAACCCAGUAGCAGACGCCUGAACCUCCCGUCCUUCUCUCGCGGCACACCGGCCCCCGCCCUCAGCUUGUCCGCAGCACUGAGCGGCACGAAGAAAUCAUCCACCUCCCGUCACAAGGUCCUGCAGCACUCUCGAAGAUCGUCGCGGGGCCAGACGAUCCAGUCCAGCAAGCCGCAGUCAUGGUUCUUCGACAUCUACGAAGAGACAGAAGAGACGCAAGACUACCGCAUGAACGAGUGGACAAUGACACAGAGCGCGACCGGCCUGGACAUCAGUGACGACGAAGGCCGGGCAUCUUCCAAGAAGACUGAGAAAUUGGACAAGGGAAAGGAGAACGUCGAUCCCGGCGAGCUGCCGUCUGCACCUGUUACGCGGUCCAUGGCGGCUGCUGCUGCUGCUGCUGCCGCGGCCGCUGCGAGCGAGGAGAAAGACAUCAUGGCCACCGACGACAACGACGAGCCACGCACCCCACUAGCUGAUCUCAAUCCCGCCAACUUCUACGCCGACGGUCUCGACGCGACAAGUGUGGUUCUUGUUCACGACGAUGAGGACGCAGAGGCCGAGACGGAUAUCGAAGAGGACGAAGCCGCAGACGCUGCACAGGUCGCCCCUGCGGCGUCUCGUGACUUUACCUUCCAGGCCUCAACCAUGACCGCCAAGGUGCUCGAGGAGCUCGGCACACCGUCUCUCAACGAGAUCUUGAGCGCCCCAACACCAUCAUAUGGCACCGAAGGCGCUGGAAAAGUGCCCUUCGUCGGAGCAGGUCUCGACCUUGACGCCGCCACCGACAAGGUCGACGCCUCGAUCGAGAUCUGGGAGAGUGAGAGCGCCAAGGAUGAGAAUGAAAAGGCCGACGUCGACGUUGACCCCCACAUCCACGUCUACCGCCCUGGUACUCCUGGUUCCAUUGGUGUUGGUGAUGAGAAUGUCUUUGCUUUACAAGAGCUGUAG